UUGGGAAUGGUUCGAAAACUUUAGGGUCUCGUCUUUAAUUUGGCCAAACACGUACCGGAAAUCUGUCGGGUUUGUCAAUGUCAACAUUGUCAACUAUACUAUCUGUCAAGUGUCAAGUGACUCUUCUAUUUCCUUUCGUAAUUUUUCAUGAUGCAGACUGGACAAACACAAAAGCCCAAAAAGGAACCAAUCCAUUCUGUCCAAGUGUUUGGCAGAAAAAAAUCAGCGACCGCUGUUGCUUAUUGCAAACGAGGCAGAGGUGUACUCAGAGUAAAUGGCAGACCUUUGAGCCAAAUAGAGCCAAGAAUGCUCCAGGACAAACUACAAGAACCCAUCCUACUCUUAGGAAAGGACAAGUUUUCUGCAGUGGACAUUAGGGUAAGAGUGAAUGGUGGUGGACAUGUAUCACAGAUUUACGCCAUCAGGCAAGCAAUCUCCAAAGCCUUGGUAGCAUAUUAUCAGAAAUAUGUUGAUGAGGCCUCAAAAAAAGAGUUGAAAGAUAUCCUUAUCCAAUAUGACAGAACUCUGUUAGUUGCUGAUCCUCGUCAUUGUGAACCCAAGAAGUUUGGUGGUCCAGGAGCCAGAGCUCGCUACCAAAAAUCCUACCGUUAAGUUCCAUAGCUGUAAUAUUGUGUUUUUUGUAUUUAUGAGGAUAUUUACAAUAAACAUAAUUCAUUUAUAAAUGAAUAAUCUAAUUCUUUACAUCAGUAACAUGAUUUCCUAUGAUGCAUUUUACAUUCUGAUGA